CUAAAAAUUUUUCAAAAUUCUGACUUACGCCGGAAACCUUUGCCAGAGGGCGACCCUCAGCGUUGUGUCUAAAUGCCCUAGUUUCCUUUCGAUCCUUGGAUUCCGCUGCUAUGCCGGUGAUGGAAAAAAGAAAGUGGAACCGCCGAAGUUUCGGCUGGACUGUGGGCCCUUUGCUUCCCAACUGGACUACCAAUCUGGGCUGCAGUUUCAAGCCGCACCUCAAAGGUUGCAUCUCAGCGGCAUUAUGUCCACCAUUGGACAAUCAUCCAAUUGUCCUGAGGUCCUUCUGGAGCUCAUACAUGCAGGCAUGCGGCUGAUCCGCAUGAACUUCUCUCACGGCACCCACGAAUACCAUUGCUGGACAAUCCAAGCGGCUCGCAAGGCCAUUGCCAUGUAUGUGGAGGAAACGGGUCUGCCCAGUAAUGAUUGUCCUAAGAAAAAAUGCUUGCAGUUGAAUAAAGAAAGACAAGCUAAAGCGGAAGCAGAGCAAAAACAGAAAGAACAGUCUAAACAGUCCUGUGAAGUUAAAAUCAAGGACUGCCUUUUAAAGGACGUGGAAGACUGCAAGAAGCGGACUGAAAAGAUGUCACACAAGGUUGAAGCUCUUCCCGAUUCUUAUGCCGCUCUGGGCGAGGGACCCCACUGGGAUGUGGACCGCCAGAGUCUGUACUACGUGGACCUCGAAUCAGCCGGUAUUAAUCGCUUCGAUUACAAGCAGAACAAGGUGUACAAGGCAAAAAUCGAAGGCGAGGUCUUUGCCUCCUUUAUCCUGCCGAUUGAGAACAGGCCGCAGGAGUUUGCCGUGGGUUGCACCCGGCGCACAGUCAUCGUCCAAUGGGACGGAGUCUCGGCGGUGGCCAAGGUGAUGCGCACCCUAUUCGAGGUCCAGCCGGAUCACAAAGACAACCGAAUGAAUGAUGCCAAGACCGACCCGAAUGGACGUUUUUACGGCGGCACCAUGGCCGACAAAGGCGAAAUCUUUACCCAAUGGAAGGGUGAACUCUAUAGCUGGCAGGCCGGCGGUCAGCCAAAGGUCAUAAGGGAGAAGGUGGGCAUCUCCAAUGGCCUGGCUUGGGAUGUCAAGGCCAAGAAGUUCUACUUCAUCGACACAAACAACCACGAAGUGCUGGCGUAUGACUACAAUCAAACUACCGGAGACAUUAGCAAUCCAAAGGUCAUCUUCGAUCUGCGCAAAAUCCGUCCCGAGGGUCCAUUGUUCCCCGAUGGCAUGACCGUGGAUACAGACGGAAAUAUCUACGUGGCAACGUUCAACGGAGGCACCGUCUUCAAGGUUAAUCCAAGUACUGGCAAAAUCCUAUUGGAGAUCAAAAUUCCCACCACUCAAAUCACCUCGGUGGCCUUUGGAGGUCCCAACUUGGAUAUUCUGUAUGUGACGACCGCCAACAAGUUCGACCAGCCAAAACCAGCUGGAACCACCUACCAGGUCACUGGGCUCAAUGCCAAAGGUUACCCCGGCGUCAACUUGAAGAUCUAAAUUACAGACUUCUUGUAUAAUAUAUUGUAGUUUAAAUAAAUGAGCACUAAGAGUGUAGUAGUAAAGUGA